AAAAUGCAUUCGUAACCGAAGGUCGCCGUCUUGUGGGGCCAUCAAUAAGUGGGUUCUCGUCUAGACGCAAUGACUGACACACGUACACGUCUAUAGUUUAUAUGAUUUUAUAUCGAGUGACAGUUUUAUCGUUUCGUUAUUGUUUUUCAAACAAAAAAAGUCUGGAUACCGUUCACACCAUGUCUGUGCUAGUCACCCUGGUUGUGUUGUUGAGCUGUUCAAUCGGUCACAUACGUAGUGAUGGCAGUUGCAACAAAUUGUAUGACAGUUUUUCUCAACAUCUCGCUUCUAAAACGCCCUAUAGAUAUGUGGCCAACUACAAUGCAGAACCCAUACAUUUUGAAGGUUGUAAUGCGUCGAAAAUUUGGCUGGUCCAAAGGCAUGGCACUAGGACACCUGGUAAGGAAUUGACUGAGUUUGUAAAAAACAGGCUGCCACAAAUCCAACAAGAUAUUGUCAAAAAUUUGGACAAGAGCAAAUUAUGUAAUAAAGACGAGAUAAAAGCGUGGAGUUCUCAUAAAGAAUUAGAUGACCUAAAGCGAUUAACUAAAGAAGGAGAGGAUGAACUUUUAGCUAUUGCUGAACGUAUGCAACUUAGAUUUCCUAAUUUGUUAAAUCAACCUUUCGAAAAUACAAAUUUUCUGUUUAGGUUCACCGGUACUCAAAGAACUAAUGUAAGUGCUAAACAAUUUGCAACUGGUAUAUUUGGACAUCACGAAGUCAAAAAAGUGGUAUUUGAUGAUCCACUUCCCAAAGACCCAUUAUUGAGAUUUUACAAAGUUUGCCAAAAAUGGAAAAAUGAUGUGAAAAAAUCUCCUACUGCUUCUAUUGAAUAUCAGAAGUUUAUCGAAAAUCAAUUAACCAACGAAACUUUAAACAGUAUAUCCACUAGACUCGGACUUGAUUACACUUUAACAUUUAAUGAUGUCAAGAGUAUGUACAUAUACUGUGGUUUUGAAACUGCUUGGGAAAAAAAUAAAGUCUCACCUUGGUGUUCGAUUUUUGAUAAGUCUGACUUAGAGCUGUUUGAAUAUAGUGAAGAUUUAAAGCACUAUUUGAUUGAUGGUUAUACUUAUCAACUAACAUACAAACAAGCUUGUGUUCUAUUAAAAAAUGCUAUUGAACAUUUUGACAAUAAAGAUUUGAAUAGCAAAAAUGGCAUUUUCUAUUUUACACACUCUGGAACAAUUUUGAAGAUGUUUGGAGUGUUGGGCCUUUUUAAAGAUGAAAAUGAAUUAAAACAUGAUAACUAUAUAGAAAUGAAAAAUCGUCAAUGGAGGACUUCAAAAAUUGAUGCAUUUGCUUCAAACUUAGCAUUUGUUUUAUAUGAGUGUAACAAGAAUCAAUCAAAGAUAUUGACUUUACAUCAAGAAAGAAUUAUCCAUCUUAAAGGCUGCGAUGAUAUUCUUUGUUCAUAUGACAAAUUUAAAGAACUUUAUCAAAAUGAACUUCAAAAUUGUGAUUUUAAUGAAAUGUGUAAUAUUGACUGAAUUUUUAUAAUAUUUAAGCUGAGAAAAAAAUAUUAU